AUGUGUGGUAUUUUUGGUUAUGUCAACUAUCUAGUUGAAAAGUCUAGAGGUGAAAUUGCUGAUACCUUAAUUGAAGGUUUACAAAGAUUGGAAUAUAGAGGUUAUGAUUCAGCUGGUAUUGCCAUUGAUGGAGACAAACCUGAUGAAACUUUGAUCUUCAGACAAAUUGGAAAAGUUGCAGCUUUGAAGAAAGAAUAUCAAUCACAAAAUUUAGAUCAAAAUGUCAGUUUUGUUAGUCAUGCUGGUAUUGCACACACUAGAUGGGCUACACAUGGUCAACCAAAACAAAUCAACUGUCAUCCUCAAAGAUCUGAUGUCAACAAUGAAUUUGUUGUAGUUCACAACGGUAUUAUUACAAACUAUAGAGAAUUGAAAACUUUGUUGGCUAAAAAAGGUUAUGUUUUCGAAAGUGACACUGAUACUGAAUGUAUUGCCAAAUUAUUCAAACAUAUUUAUGAUACAAACAUUAAAAAUGGUAAUGAAUUAGACUUUAAUGAAUUGAUGAAACAAGUUAUCUAUGAAAUUGACGGUUCUUAUGGUCUAUUGGUUAAAUCUUCCCAUUAUCCAAAUGAAGUUGUCGCCACUAGAAAAGGUUCUCCAUUAUUAGUUGGUGUUAAAACCGAAAGAAAAUUGAAGGUUGACUUUGUUGAUGUUGAAUUCCCUGAUAUGGAUAACGUUGAAAAUGAAUUACCAGCUAAUCAAAGAAAUACUCAUCAAAAUGGUACUUUGUUACCUGUUGCUCAAGGUGAAAGUGGGUUACGUCAUUCCCAAUCAAGAGCUUUCUUGAGUGAAGACGGUAUGCCACAACCAGCUGAAUUCUUUUUAUCUUCAGACCCAGCCUCUGUUGUUCAACACACCAAAAAAGUUUUGUUUUUAGAAGAUGAUGAUAUUGCACAUAUUUAUGAUGGUGAAUUACAUAUUCAUAGAGCAAGAAGAGAAGCUGGUAUUUCAGCUACAAGAUCAAUUCAAACUUUAGAAAUGGAAUUGGCACAAAUCAUGAAAGGUCCUUUCAAUCAUUUCAUGCAAAAAGAAAUUUAUGAACAACCAGAUUCUACCUUUAACACAAUGAGAGGUCGUAUUGAUUUUGAUAAUCACGUUGUUAAAUUAGGUGGGUUGCAAAGUUGGUUGACCACAGUUAGAAGAUGUAGAAGAAUUAUAAUGAUUGCUUGUGGUACUUCUUAUCACUCAUGUUUAGCAACAAGAUCAAUCUUUGAAGAAUUGACAGAAAUUCCAGUUAGUGUUGAAUUAGCUUCAGAUUUCUUGGAUAGAAGAUCCCCAGUUUUCAGAGAUGAUACAUGUAUUUUCGUUUCUCAAUCAGGUGAAACUGCUGAUUCCAUGUUGGCUUUACAAUACUGUUUAGAAAGAGAUGCAUUAACUGUUGGUGUUGUUAAUUCUGUUGGUUCUUCAAUUUCAAGAGCAACCCACUGUGGUGUUCAUAUCAAUGCUGGUCCAGAAAUUGGUGUUGCAUCAACAAAAGCUUACACUUCACAAUAUAUUGCAUUAGUUAUGAUUGCAUUAUCUUUAUCAGAUGAUCGUGUUUCCAAAAUUCAACGUCGUCAUGAAAUUAUUGAUGGUUUGAAGAAAAUUCCAGAACAAAUUAAAAAAGUUUUAGAUUUGGAAACAAGAAUUAAAGAUUUAUGUACCUCUGAAUUAGCUCAACAAAAAUCAUUAUUAUUAUUAGGUAGAGGUUAUCAAUUUGCAACUGCCUUGGAAGGUGCCUUGAAAAUUAAAGAAAUUUCUUAUAUGCAUUCUGAAGGUGUUUUAGCUGGUGAAUUGAAACAUGGUGUUUUAGCUUUAGUUGAUGACCAAUUACCAAUCAUCGCUUUUGCAACAAGAGAUUCUUUAUUCCCAAAAGUUAUGUCAUCUAUUGAACAAGUUACUGCAAGAGCUGGUCGUCCAAUUAUUAUCCACAAUGAAGGUGAUGAUGUUAUCAACACUGAAAAGGCUUUAGCAACUUUAGAAGUUCCAUUAAGUGUUGAUUGUUUACAAGGGUUGUUGAAUGUUGUUCCAUUACAAUUGAUUUCAUACUGGUUGGCUGUUAACAGAGGUAUUGAUGUUGAUUUCCCACGUAAUUUAGCAAAAUCUGUUACUGUUGAAUGA